CCCCUGUAGCUCAGGUAUUCUGACGUACAAACGACAGAACUGAGCGUGAGGUGUCAGAUCAACGUCGAAACAAACGCGUUCAGUCACACUAAGCAAACCUGUAGGUUUGACAGUAAGUGUAACUGGGAAUUCCUGCAUGUUCUGAAACGUUUGACGCGGGUUGAGGCUCGGUGAAACUGUCAUUAUCCGCGGAUUUGCCGCCCGUGAGGUUGUUCACUAUCAUGUGACGUAACAUCACCAGUGUUAUGAUCCAGAAAUAACAUACGACAAGUUGUUCUGACGGGACGCGGGGACAGUUUUCUUACACUACAGUACAGACAGAGUGUGGAAGAUGCCGCUGUUCGGCCCUAAACAAAGCAAGGAGGGGAAGAGGAGGAUGGAACAUAAGAUGACCCUGGCCAAGUCCAGCCCGGAGCCUUCCUAUGACUUGUCUGAUUGUGAGUUGACAGAGGUACCAUCUGGAAUAUAUGCGCUUUGUAAAGUGCUGCAGAAAGAGGUACUCUUGCUCCAUUCCAACCUCUUGAGCUCUCUGAAAGGAGGUGGUAUAUUGAAGGAUUUGUGUGCUUUGAGGGUUCUUGAUCUUCACCAGAAUAGACUGUCAUCUCUUCCAGAUGACAUCGGUGAGCUGGCCACCUUACAGGUACUAAACCUGGAAAACAACAAGCUGACCAGCCUGCCUGAGGCUGUCAGUAGGCUGCAAGCUCUGCAAACCCUCAACUGCAGAGAAAACCGUCUGACAGAUGUCCACAGUGCCAUCGGUAACAUGAAGAGCCUCCGGACCCUGGACUUAUCCAGAAACAGAGUCUCUGUUUUGCCUAAACAACUGUGCAGGAUAAAGACACUAGAGAGCCUACUGGUGGAUGUCAAACAGAUGGUGUACCCUCCCGCAGAACUAUGUGAAGGAGGUACUGCUGAAAUAAUGAAGGCUUUGUGUGCAGCAAGUGGGGAAGAGUACACGCCCCCCUCCCACCACCUGCUGCCUGUGCUGGAUGCUGGGACCAGGUCAGAGGUCACACCUCCCCAGACAGACAAACACCUACUCAUACAGCAGGAGUAUGACAAGAGCCUACAGGAAUCAUUUCUUAACUAUGAGAAGCUGAAGGAACAGAAGAGACGUGAACACCUGGAGUUGGAAGCCCAGCUGCAGGCAGGUCAUCAGGAGCAGAUGGUCAUGUUCUCACAGGCAUCGCAGGCCAGGCAGAACGUCAUCACUGUCAUGGCACAGGAGCAGGACAAGAUGGAUGGAGAAUUGACAGAUUUACAGAACCGGAAGGAACAGGAAAAACAGAGGCUUGUCCAAUCCCUGCAAAGUGGUAUGGAAUUCAUUUUUGCCAGACAUUGUCUCAGGACAUUUUGAAAACAUUGUACAACUCAGGGCUUGAAAU